GAGGGGGCGGCUUGGCCGCCGCCAGUUUGGUAGGUUAGUGAGGGAGCGAGGAGAAAAGCAAACGGCCGUCUCAGACUCUCCAGUCUCAGAGCGUGCCUGCUUCCCAGCUGGGGGCUUUGGAGAAUCUCGAGGCCGUCUUGUAAGCUGUGAGUAGAAGGAAUCCCUUUCCCCCGACCCGGAGCGCUGAGUCCUGGCGACUACUUCCGGUCCGCAGCUGCGGGCUGACCGAAGGCGUUUGGCCCGGGGGUAUUUAAACUGGCCAAAGGCAACUUCAAACCUAUAUAAUGUAACAGAAAAGGUCAGGAAACAUUAACCAAUAGAAGCGUGGAGCAUAUUAAGCAAGAUGAACCUCUCAGGAAGCAGUUGUGGAAGUCCUAGUUCUGCAGAUGUAUCUAAUGAUUUCAAGGAUCUUUGGACAAAACUGAAGGAGUAUCAUGAUAAGGAAGUACAAGGUUUACAAGUGAAAGUAACCAAACUAAAAAAGGAACGAAUUUUAGAUGCACAAAGACUAGAAGAAUUCUUCACCAAAAAUCAACAGCUGAGAGAGCAACAGAAAGUCCUUCAUGAAACCAUUAAAGUGUUAGAAGAUCGAUUAAGAGCAGGAUUGUGUGAUCGCUGUGCAGUAACUGAAGAACAUAUGCGGAAGAAGCAACAAGAGUUUGAAAAUAUUCGGCAGCAGAAUCUUAAACUUAUCACAGAGCUUAUGAAUGAAAAGAACACUCUGCAGGAAGAAAAUAAAAAGCUUUCUGAACAGCUGCAGCAGAAAAUUGAGAAUGAUCAGCCACAUAAAGCAACUGAUCUUGAAUCCGAGGAAGAUGUUAUUCCAGAUUCACCAAUAACAACCUUUUCAUUUUCUGGCACUAAUCGGCUACGAAGAAAGGAGAACCUCCGCGUCCGAUAUGUAGAGCAAACACAUGCUAAACUGGAGCAGUCUGGCUGUGCACAUGAAUUGAGAAAAGUACCAAAGUCUUCAGCUCAUCCACAACAUAAGCCUAAUAAGGAAAGUGAAAUUCUAGUGGCUGACACUUGUGAUCAGAGUCAAGCUCCAGUGGCUAAACCACAUGGAAAAAGCAGUUAUCCUCCUGAUAGUUUAGCUACAGUAGUUGCUGAAACACUUGGACUUUGUGUUCAAGAAGAAUCUGAAUCUCAAGGCCCUCGGAGCCCUGUUGGUGAUGAACUCUACCGCUGUCUGGGAGGGGAUCACAAAAAACAAGGUUUUGAGGAAUGUAGAAGAAAUAGUGAAGAUAAUUUAAGGUUUUCAGAUUCAAAGACUCCUCUUCAAGAAGAAUUGACUAAUCGGGUAUCAUCUCCUGUAUUUGGAGCUACCUCUAACAUGAAAAGUAGUUUAGGUUUGAAUACAAGUUUGUCCCCUUCUCUUUUAGAGACUGGGAAAAAAACCCAUCUGAAAACAGUGCCCCUCAGCAACACUUGUGCUUCUGGACUAGAGAAACCUAGGUCAAAAUCUGAAGACGGCGCCCUUAUCACACAUCAUCUUCUUGGGACUGAAGUAAACAAGAUCCCUAAUCAGUCAUCUUCUAAUAAGCAGAUGCUUAUAAAUAAAAAUACAAGUGAACCCCUAAGUGAGCAAGAUAGUAUUGAUCACAUUAAAGAUACUGAUAAAGAUAAACAUGUGGUACCCCUGAAGUCACUGGGAGGCAGAACCAAAAGGAAGAAAAUUGAGGAAGAAAGUGAAGAUGAAGUAAUCUGUCCCCAAGCCUCCUUUGAUAAAGAAAAUGCUUUUCCUUUUCCACUGGAUAGUCAUUCUUCCAUGAAUGGAGACUAUGUGAUGGAUAAACCUCUGGAUCUGUCUGAUCGAUUUUCAGCUAUCCAACGUCAAGAGAAGAGCCAAGGAAGUGAGAACUCUAAAAUCAGAUUUAGGCAAGUGACUCUCUAUGAGGCUCUGAAGCCCGUUCCAAGGGACUCUUCCUCAAGCUGCAAGGCCUUGAGCAGGAGCUGUGAGCUAACCAAAGACUCCCCAGAAGAGCCCUGUUUACAGGAGUCCCUUUUCCAGUCCUUGAGUAAAUCUCCAGAUAAUAAAACACUGUUACAAAUAAAGGAAGAAAACCCAGUAUUUAAAAUCCCUCUUCGUCCACGUGAAAGUUUGGAGACAGAGAAUCUUUUUAAUGACACAAAGGGUGCUGGUUCUCAUGAGCCUAUAAAGAUAAAAACCAGAUCCAUCCAUGGAGCAUGUGAAGUUGCAUCAGUUCUUCAGUUAAAUCCAUGUAGAAUUGCUAAAACAAAACCUCUACAAAACAACCAAGAUGUAUCCUUUGAAAAUAUCCAGUGGAGUAUAGAUCCAGGAGCAGACCUUUCUCAGUAUAAAACAGAUGUUACUGUAGAUGAUACAAAGGAUGGCAGUCAGUCAAGAUUAGCAGGAGAGACAGUGGACAUGGACUGUACGUUGGUUAGUGAAACCAUGCUGUUAAAACUGAAGAAGCAAGAGCAGAAGGGAGAAGAGAGUCCAAAUGGAGAAAGAAAGAUGAAUGAUAGCUUGGAAGACAUGUUUGAUCGGACGACACAUGAAGAAUAUAAGUCCUGUUUGGCAGAGAGCUUCCCCCAGGUAGCAGAUGAAGAGAAGGAAUUGUCAACUACUACAAAAAAAACAAACACUCCUGGUGAUAAACAAGAUAAAGUCAAACAGAAAGCAUUUGUGGAGCCAUAUUUUAAAGGUGAUGAUAGAGAGACUGAAUUACAAAAUUUUCCUCAUAUUGAGGUUGUUCGGAAGAAAGAAGAGAGAAGAAAAUUACUUGGACACACAUGUAAGGAAUGUGAAAUUUAUUAUGCAGAUUUUCCAGCAGAAGAAAGAGAAAAGAAGUUGGCUUCCUGCUCAAGACACCGAUUUCGCUACAUUCCACCCAACACACCAGAGAAUUUCUGGGAAGUUGGUUUUCCUUCUACUCAGACUUGUAUGGAAAGAGGUUACAUUAAAGAAGACCUUGAUCCUUGUCCUCGUCCAAAAAGACGGCAGCCUUACAAUGCAAUGUUUUCUCCAAAAGGCAAAGAGCAGAAGACAUAAAUGUUGAAGCAAAAACAGAAGAGAGGACAAUUUUCUUUUUAGUUAUUUAUAGUUGGUGUUAAACGUUGAUUUUUUUUGAUCUUCUGUAAACUGGUUUAUAAAUCAUUUUUCUAUUGAAA